AUGGCGGGGCUGGCGCGGCGGCUGCUGCUCUGCAGGGGUUUCGGCGUGGCGGCGGGGCCGCCGAACACCCGCCAGCUCCGGGAGGCUGAGGAGGCCGCCCCGGUGUUCCAGUACGCGGGGAAGGCGGCCAGGCGCAAGGACCGAGUGUUCGUGUGGGGCUUCAGCUACUCGGGCGCGCUAGGCGUCCCCAGCUUCGUGAAGCCGGAUGCGGGCUGGAAGAAGCCGCGGCGCAUUCAACCCACGCCGUACCGCCUGGAGACAGAGGAGAAGAUAUCCUCUGCUGCCUGUGGUUAUGGAUUCACACUGCUGGCUUCCAAUACUAGAGACAUUACCAAAGUGUGGGGCAUGGGGCUCAACAAGGAUUCCCAGCUUGGAUUCCAGAGAAGCAGAAGAGAUCAAACUAAGGGCUAUGAAUAUGUCUUGGAACCAUCUCCAAUUCCAUUACCACUGGAGAAGCCGCAGCAAACUCGAGUCUUGCAGGUGUCCUGUGGGAGAGCCCAUUCCCUGGUCCUGACAGAUAGUGAAGGAGUUUUCACAAUGGGAAACAACUCUUAUGGACAGUGUGGCCGCAAGGUUGUUGAAGAUGAAAUUUACAGUGGAAGCCAUCUCAUUCAUCAGCUGAAGGAAUUUGACAGCCAAGUUGUCCAGGUUGUGUGUGGGCAGGACCACAGUCUGUUUAGAACCAAGAAAGGUACAGUCUAUGCAUGUGGAUGGGGAGCUGAUGGACAAACAGGUCUUGGACACUAUAACAUCACCAGUGUUCCUACUAAGCUGCAUGGUGACAUUGCUGGAGUAAAUAUUAUCCAGGUGUCUUCCUAUGGGGACUGUUGUCUGGCUGUUUCAGAUGAAGGAGAUGUCUUUGGUUGGGGAAAUUCAGAAUACUUGCAGUUGGCAUCUGUCACAGAAACCACACAGGUGAAUGUUCCCAGGCAUUUGCCAUUCAAGAUUGGGAAGGUGAAGGAGGCUGCCUGUGGAGGGACUGGCAAUGUUGUGCUAACAGAAGAAGGAGAUGUUUUUGUCUGGGGAUAUGGAAUUCUUGGGAAAGGACCAAACCUAAUAGAGACAGCAGUGCCAGAGAUGAUCCCACCCAGCCUCUUUGGCCGGUCAGACUUCAGUCCAGACAUCAGUGUUGCUCAUGUUCGCUGUGGACUCAGCCAUUUUGCAGCACUUACAAACAGAGGAGAACUGUUUGUGUGGGGGAAGAAUCUAAGAGGGUGCCUGGGAACUGGAAGAAUGGAAGACCAGUAUUUCCCAUGGAGAGUAAGGAUGGUGGUAUUAAGGUCAAGAGUAUAGUCUUUGGCUAGUUUGUGUUAUCCUGAGGGCAAUGACCAUAAUUUACUGUGUGGUUUUGUUGAGUAAUUCUGAAAGGAGUGGAAGCCUAAGAUGACUGUAGCAGGUGCUUUCUUUUCCAGAGGUCCUUUUGUAGCCUGCUUGGGAGUGGAGGUAUUCAGUAAACCUUUUAGUGUGCUGUGCCAGUAAUGAUUUCAAAUCCUAAAACAGCAUCUGGUGCUGUGCCACCACAUCUGAGCAGUUCUCAUCUCUUUCCUGUCCACCAUCAUCUGCUUGCUGCCCUUACUGCCUCUUCCUUCUCCUUCUAACCUGCAUUUCUCUUUGUAUGUGCUGCAAAGAAAAACAUCAGUAUUGGUCAUCUGUCCAAAUCAUUACUCACCUAAAUUAGGUGAACA